ACGUCUGUUUUGUAAAGCAUUACACAAGCAUGAAAUCAUUGCCUGCUUGCGGACUUUUUUUUUAAUGCUUAAAGGGGGCGUCGCAGUCAGUGGGACAGUAUAAAGCUGAGUUCAAGUCUUGGAGAAACAGCAGCACCACAGGAGGACUGUACACGCCUUUGACACUGCUCCAUACUCAAGAGACUCAAGAGACAAAGCAACAGCCAUGGCCACCCUCAAACACCAACAGAACAAUGCCACAGCACUCAAAAAAACAAAAACUCCUGGGAUGAACAACCACUUCACAGAUGUGCACGGUCUGCCUUGCAUAGAGAAGAUUGUGAGCUCAGUGGAGGACACACCAGAGCCCAUCAUCACCAAAAUCACUGGUAAAGUUCCAGAAUGGAUCAACGGAAAGUUCUUGAGGAACGGGCCGGGGAAGUUCGAGAUCGGAAACCAGAAGUUUAACCACUGGUUUGAUGGCAUGGCUCUCCUGCACCAGUUCAAAAUAUGCAACGGUCAGGUGACCUACAAAAGCCGCUUCCUGUCCAGUGACAGUUACCAAGCCAACAAGGAGGGCAACCGCAUCGCAGUGUCUGAGUUUGGCACCGUCAUGAUGCCGGACCCUUGUAAAAACUUCUUCCAGCGCUUCCUGUCACGAUUUGAAUUACCAAAGCCCACAGAUAAUGCCAACGUGAGCUUUGUGACCUACAAAGGUGAUUAUUACGUCAGCACGGAAACCAAUGUCAUGCAUAGAGUGGACCCUGAGACACUGGAUACAACCAAAAAGGUGGACUGGAGCAAAUUCAUAGCUGUGAACGGAGCUACGGCACACCCUCACACCGAUCCCGAUGGAACAACAUACAACAUGGGGAACUCCUACACUCCGAAAGGAGCGUACUACAACAUCAUCCGAGUGCCACCGACCAAGCAAACACCCGACGAAACCCUGGAGGGAACCACCGUGCUGUGCACUAUUCCCUCAGUGGACAAGACCAAACCAUCCUACUACCACAGCUUCGCAAUGUCUGAGAACUACGUGGUGUUCAUUGAGCAGCCCAUCAAGAUGGACCUGUUGAAGAUUGUGACAGGAAAGUUGAGAGGGAAAAGCAUCAGCGAUGGCUUUUCCUGGGACCCAAAACUCAACACCGCCUUCCACCUGGUUCACAAGCAGACAGGAGAGGUUAGCGCGAUCAAGUACCUCGCCAAGCCACUGUCAACCUUCCACCAGAUCAACGCAUAUGAGGAGGACGGCUUCUUAAUUAUAGACAUGUGUGCUUCAGACGAUGGCCAGGCGAUCAAUAACUACAAUGUCCAGAACCUGCGCAAGUCUGGAGAGGCUCUUGAUGAGGUGUAUAACACCAUGUGCAGAGUGUUCCCGCGACGUUUCGUUCUGCCUCUCAAUGUGGACGAUAACACACCAUACAACCAGAACUUGUACAACCGGGGCGACAGUACAGCCACUUGUACGAGAACUGCCAAGAACAAGGUCUUCUGUACCCACGAGGACCUCCACGGGGAGGACCUUCAUCAGUACGGAGGUCUGGAGUUUCCUCAGAUAAACUACGGCAAGUACAACACCCACCCCUACCGUUACUUCUACGGCUGUGGCUUCAGACAUCUUGUGGGAGAUACACUCAUCAAGAUGGACCUCAACGGAAAACACAUGAAGGUGUGGGAAGAACCUGGUGUUUAUCCCUCUGAACCAGUCUUCGUACCCUCCCCUGAUGCCACGGAGGAGGAUGACGGUGUGGUCUUGUCUGUGGUCAUCACUCCAAAUAUGGACAAGAGUACGUUCCUCCUGGUUUUGGAUGCCAAAACAUUUGAGGAGCUUGGCAGGGCCGCUGUGCCUGUCAACAUCCCCUACGGGUUCCACGGGACAUUUAACGCCACAACAUAAAUAUUUAGACAUGUAGAGAUAGAUAUGGAGUGGGAAAGAAAAUGUUGAAUGUACCUCUGACCUCAAGUGGAGAGAUAGUCAUGGCAGAAGUGUUAUGCUAUGUAAAUGCUGCAGAUGAUGUUUUGUGUCAUCAUACAGACAAACAAAUCAUCAAAGAUAUGAAUGUAUAGUUUGCUUGGACGUUUUAGCAAAAGUGCUGGAAAAAAAAAGUAUUAUAUUGAUGUUGUGCUGUGCUUGAAGCCUUUUGAAAACAUGCCCUGUUGUAAAUAAGUAUUUAAUAUUUACAUUUAAAUAUAUUUCUAUUUUAAGAUACAGGCUGAAAUCGCAGGAAUCGGGGAAAAAAAGAGGAAAAUGUCUGUAUUUCAAUUGCAUUUGCUGCUCUGUACACACACUGUGACUGCAAUAAAAAAAAGUUUUACAGAACAGACAAUGUGCAAGUUCAGCAAAGACUCUUUUUAUAGCAUCCUCUUUUGUAAGAACCAAAACUGAAGCCUAAAGGUGCACUUUGGCACAAGGUGCCACAUGUUAGAGAAGCCUAUGUUAAUGUGUUGCUCUAUUGAGUGACUUAUGAAUGACCUGAUGAAAAUGUAUAUUUUUAAGUAAAGAUUUUGAAUAAUCAAAUAAAAAUCUGUACCUAAG